AUGCAAUUAAAUAACGAAUGGAAUGAGGAAGUUUUAAAACAAAGCCCUACGGAAUUUAAUGCGCAAAUUAAAAAGGCUGACGAAGACCUUGAAAUGUUUUUGACAUCAUCUCCAUCUCAUGUAGAUAUACAUUCUGAAGCAAUCUAUUCCAGAAGACGGUUCACUCCUUUAAGUGUUACGAGUUCUUGUAAAACUGUUAACUGCCAAGGUGACUAUCGUGACCAUUGUGUUGCUUAUGUCGAAAAAGAUGAUCGAAAGGCGUUAUCUCACAUCAAAAUACAGUCUGAUGCAAUAUUUACUAGAAGACAAUCCGUUCAUUUAAAUAUGACUGAUUCUGAUAAAAGGAUUAAUCGAUCAGAUAUCCAAAUUGAAGAGGAAAAUACUAAAAGCUUACUCAAUCUACAAGAUGUAAUUGAUAUUGAACAAGAUAAUCAAAAGACAUCGAUUCGUGUUGAAACACAUUCCAAAACAAUAUUUACUAAAAGAAGACUAGUUUUUCUAAAAAUCAAAAACUCUGGUGAAAAACUUAAUCAUUCAG